AUGACAUCUCUUAUACGUCGAGUUUAUGGUAAAGCGCGUUUCUUAGCGCGCGCUGUGGGGUCGAAAAGUAAUAAAAAUAGUGAAAGUCCACUUCGGCGACUUCUUCAAGAUGCGAGUAACUUCGGAGAGGCAGGUGCUGCUAUACCGGCAGAAGGGGAGCUGCAGUGGGCGACACAACCCUACGCGACACAGCCUGGCCAAGAACCAGCCCCUUACGUAGAUCCUAAAGAAACUACCGUGAUUCUAUUCCCUGGACAGGGUUCUCAACGUGUAGGCAUGGGUCGUCAAUUACAAGAAGUACCUGCUGCUAAAGAACUGUAUGAACUUGCGUCGAGCAUUGUUGGGUGGGACGUGGGCCGCGUGUGUCGCGAGGGGCCGGCCGAGGAGCUGGAGCGCCGCUGUCAGACGGCCGUGGUGGUGACGUCACUGGGAGCCCUGGAGCUGGCCCGCGACACGCGCCCCGCCGCCGUGGAGCGAGCGCGCGCCGCCGCCGGGUUCUCGCUCGGGGAGAUCACCGCGCUCGUGUUCGCGGGCGCGCUCAGCUUGGAGCCGGCGCUGCGGCUGGUGGAGCUGCGCGCGGCGGCCAUGGAGGCGGCGGCGCGCGAGCGGCCCGGCGGCAUGCUCACCGUGUGGCUCGCGCCCGACGCCCGGCUCAAGGAGCUGCUGGCUCGGGCGAGAGACCGCGCGCGCUCCCCCGCCCUGCCGGAACCGGUCUGUGUCAUCGCCAACUACCUGUUCCCCGGCUGCAAGGUCCUGGCGGGAGACGAACAGGCAUUGAAGUUCGUGGAGGCGGAGGGUCGGUCGUGGGGAGUGAGGCGCUCGGCUCGCGUGCGCGUGUCGGGCGCCUUCCACUCGCCCCUGAUGGCGCGCGCGGAGCAGGCGGUGCGGGAGGCGGUGGGCCUGUGCUCGGUGCGUGAGCCGCGGCUGCCCGUCCCGUCGUGUGUGGACGCGCGCGCCGCCCGCUCCGUGGCGGGCGUCAAGCGGCGCCUGGUCCGCCUCACCACGUCCCCGGUCCGCUGGGAGCAGGUGCUCCACGUGUUGUACGCGCGCCCCCCCGACACGCCGCAGCCCCUCACCCUGGCGCUGGGUCCGGGCGGGGCGCUACGCUCUACUCUCAAACUCGUCAACGCGCGGGCCUGGGACUCCUCGAUUCAGAUCGACGUGUGA